AUGAUCGGUCGGCUGCUGGGCGCGCGCCGGGCCCGCCAGCUCCAGCGCCUCGUACGCAACGGCAAGCUAACCUUCCUCUGUCUCUUCCUCACCGUCCUCAUGCUCCGCGGCAACCUCGGCGCCGGUAAAUUCGGCACGCCGGAGAAGGAUCUCCACGAGAUCCGCGAGACCUUCUCCUACAUCCGCCGCCGGGCCGAGCCGCGCCGUGUCCUUGAGGAGGCCUCCAUCUCAUCCCGGAAACUAUCCGACGGCGGCUCAUCCUCCUCCGGCAGCAGGAGCUACGCCGACUUCGACGUAACGAAGAUCCUCAAGGACGAGGACGACGGUGUCGAGGAAAUCAAGCGGGAUCCCUCACAGCCCUACGCUCUCGGCCCGAAAAUAUCGGAUUGGGACCAGCAAAGAGGGGAUUGGCUGAAAAAAAACCCUAAUUUCCCAAAUUUCGUCGCCCCAAACAAACCCAGGGUACUGCUGGUCACCGGAUCUUCCCCCAAGCCAUGCGAGAAUCCAGUCGGUGACCAUUACCUUCUGAAAUCAAUCAAGAACAAGAUCGAUUACUGCAGACUCCACGGGAUUGAGAUUUUCUACAACAUGGCUCUGCUUGAUGCCGAGAUGGCGGGCUUCUGGGCGAAACUGCCAUUGAUGCGCAAGCUCCUGCUUUCCCACCCUGAAGUCGAGUUCCUGUGGUGGAUGGACAGUGACGCCAUGUUUACUGACAUGGCCUUCGAGCUGCCAUGGGAGAGGUAUAAAGAUCAUAAUCUCGUUAUGCAUGGGUGGAAUGAAAUGGUUUACGAUCAGAAAAAUUGGAUCGGUCUAAACACGGGUAGCUUCUUGUUGAGAAAUUGUCAGUGGUCGUUAGAUAUUUUAGAUACAUUGGCCCCAAUGGGCCCGAAGGGCCCGAUUCGCGAGGAAGCUGGGAAGCUUCUGACGAGUGAGCUGAAAGACAGGCCAGUUUUCGAGGCAGACGACCAGUCGGCCAUGGUUUACAUACUGGCGACUCAGAAGGAAAAGUGGGCGGAUAAGGUUUAUCUGGAAAGUGCUUAUUAUUUACAUGGCUAUUGGGGAAUUCUUGUGGAUAAGUAUGAAGAGAUGAUUGAGAAUUAUCACCCAGGAUUUGGGGACCAUAGAUGGCCGCUUGUGACCCAUUUUGUGGGUUGCAAGCCGUGUUUGAAAUUUGGGGAUUAUUCGGUGGAGAGGUGCUUGAGACAGAUGGACAGGGCUUUUAACUUUGGGGAUGAUCAGAUUCUGCAGAUGUAUGGGUUUGUUCAUAACUCGCUUGCUAGCAGGAAAGUGAGGAGAAUAAGGAAUGAGACGAGUAAUCCACUUGAAGUGAGGGAUGAGCUUGGUUUGCUCCACCCGACGUUUAAAGCGGUGAAGGUGUAA